CUUCCUCACUUAUCUAGCUGUGCUAUUUAUGCCCGCUCCUACAACAGCAAUGCAUUUCUCAUUGAGUUACAUAAUGCCGGGUGCAUCCGUCCCCAUGCAGCCAUUCGCUCUCACACUGCAUUAUGAAUUCGCUGCACUUCUGGCAGAGGAGCGGACAGGAAGAGAAACCGUCCUCCGGAGCCAAAUCACAGAGAGCCUUCAAGGAAAGAGAGCCGAGAAGGCACGGCGGGGUGGCCUGGGAAACAGGAACCAUGCAAGAGCAGCUGGGUGGCUCCAAAAGGCUGUGAACUCUCGCCCAGGUUUUGAGGCACAGACACAAAAUAAGGAGAUGAUCCCUUACACUCAGCCUGCUGACGGCAACCCGCGGCCACGCUUGGUGCUGGGGCAGUCCAAAGCUGGGCCCGACUGCCCCAGUGCCACCACCCGGGUUGUCCCCACGGCCCACCAACACUCGUGUGUCAAUAUGAAGGCAGCUGAGGUGAGGACUGAAAGAGCACAAACUUCUCCUGAAAACCUGCCCCCAGGGUCUCCCUGUUACGGCCCUGAGUCCUCCUCCCAGCCCGCUGUUAUUACAAGCCACAGGAUGUUUUCCAGCAUGGUUAUUAGCACCACCUCAGUCAGAGCUGUUCAAGAUGGAUCUUGUCUUUGAGCGAGCAAGAAAAAUUCACAAGGGAAAAAUCAGAUUUGGAAACUAACCAUUUUGUAAUCUCCUGCCACGCAAUUUGGUUUUCAGGCAAACUUCCAGCCCUUUCAGUAGCAAAAGAAAAAAAAAAAAGACAAAUUCACCGACUUCCACCAUCUCGUGGUGCAGAGCGGGGCGCGAUACGAUGCCACACGCGUUGAAAAGCUGCACGAGCGGAAGGGAGUGACACGUCCAUGCCUGGUGCUGGAGGAGACAGAACGCGCAGCACGUGAAAUAAAACAGAGCCAAAAUAACCGCUUCUGCUGCGACAAAUUCAUCUUUCCAUGUUCCCCUCCUGAAUUCGGCACGGCUGGCCUGGCUCGGCACACGGCAGAGCACCUGGGCUACCACAGCAUUCUGCCAGCUGCCAGCCCUCCCUUUGCACCAGGGCUGGCUCCUGCAGGCCGUGGCCGCAGAAAGGGCACGAGACAAGGAGAGGAGAAAGGCUGGCAGAGACGACAGCAAUGCUGAGCGCUGCGACGCACUCCCAGAUACCAGCAGGCUGUUGCACUGCCCUUAUCAGCAGACACGAGUUCAAGGUCAGCCUUGAUGCACUUACUGAAAACUGACACUGCCCGCGUCCCGCAGUCAGCACAACUUCAAAUAAAGCCUCCCAAUUAUUAGCAGUAAUUCUGUUUAUUAUUGCAGGGCCUCGGGACAAACAAAAAAGGAGCCCCGUUGUG